AGCGGCGAACUACAACUCCCGGCACGCCCCGCGGCGGCGGGCUCGCGGCGCACGCCGGGGACGCAGCGUCACGCGCGUUCAAACCGGCCAAUCGCGGGGGGAGGGCCGCAGUGCGCGCGCGCGGGCGGCGGCGGAGGCUGAGCGUCUUCCUCAUCCCGGCGCUCUUCACAGGCACCGAGGCCUCGGGGCUACCGUAACUCCGAAAGCUUUUCCUUGGCGGCCCGUGGAGCGGCGGGAGGAUCUCGUUCAACAUGAAAACGAUGACGGGAUCAAACGAGUUCAAACUCAACCAAACUCCAGAUGAUGGGAUUUCAUCAGUAAAGUUUAGUCCAAACACAUCUCAGUUUCUGCUCGUUUCAUCCUGGGACACAACUGUUCGGCUCUAUGAUGUUCCUGCCAACACCAUGAGACUCAAAUAUCAGCAUUCAGGAGCUGUCCUGGACUGUGCUUUUUAUGAUCCUACCCAUGCCUGGAGUGGAGGGUUGGAUCAGCAACUGAAAAUGCACGACUUAAACACGGACCAAGAAAACCUUGUUGGUGCCCACGAUGCUCCUAUCAGGUGUGUGGAGUAUUGCCCAGAGGUGAAUGUCAUGGUGACUGGCAGCUGGGAUCAAACAGUCAAACUCUGGGAUCCCCGAACUCCCUGUAAUGCAGGAACCUUCUCCCAGCCUGAAAAGGUCUACACCCUCUCUGUGUCUGGGGACAGACUGAUUGUGGGGACAGCAGGUCGGAGGGUGCUGGUGUGGGAUUUGAGGAACAUGGGAUACGUUCAGCAGCGAAGGGAAUCGAGCCUGAAAUACCAGACCCGCUGCAUCAGAGCAUUCCCCAACAAGCAGGGUUAUGUUCUAAGUUCUAUUGAAGGUCGUGUAGCUGUGGAAUAUUUGGAUCCAAGCCCAGAAAUCCAGAAGAAGAAAUACGCAUUCAAAUGUCACCGUUUGAAGGAGAAUAACAUCGAGCAGAUUUAUCCAGUUAAUGCCAUUUCUUUCCAUAAUGUCCACAACACGUUUGCUACAGGCGGCUCCGAUGGCUUUGUGAAUAUCUGGGAUCCCUUUAACAAGAAGAGGCUGUGCCAGUUCCAUCGGUAUCCCACCAGCAUCGCCUCCCUGGCCUUCAGCAACGACGGAACCACCCUGGCCAUAGCUUCUUCCUACAUGUACGAAAUGGAUGACAUCGAGCACCCCGAGGACGGCAUCUACAUCCGCCAAGUGACAGAUGCAGAAACAAAGCCCAAGUCCACUUAGACUACUGGUGCUACUCCUUCUCUACACAAGAUGAUCACCUGCUCCUAACAAAGCUCCACUUAAACAAGCAAAGUGAGAAGAACAAUCUUUGUACUCCUGUUGUUUUUAAUUAAGAAAUGUUUGUUUGUGUAUUGUAGUUUGUCUAAAUCUGUCAUUCCUUGACUGCUUAUAAUGUUAGUGAAACUAUUUUCUUUAUCUGCUGUCUGGAGCGGAACUAGUUCAGUCCUGUAGAUAACCUUAUAAAAAUUUAGACAUUUUGUAGUAUCUGAUUAUGAAAACUCCUACUGCUUUCUUACUUGUUCAAUAAAUAUCUAUAGAUUUUUUGAAAACAAA